CUGUAGAGAAGAAUGCCUACUGGAAAUGGCUCUUUCCUGACUGAAUUCAUUCUGGUGGGAUUAACAGACCAACCAGAUCUCCAGCUCCCCCUGUUCUUCCUGUUUCUAGGAAUGUAUUUGGUCACGGCAAUGGGAAAUUUGGGCAUGAUACUUCUAAUUGGGCUGAAUUCACACCUCCACACUCCCAUGUACUUUUUCCUCUUUAACUUGUCCUUUAUAGACUUCUGCUAUUGUUCUGUGUUUACACCAAAAAUGCUGCUGGAUUUCUUAUCAAAGAAGAAUGUUAUUUCCUACAUGGGGUGCAUGAGUCAGCUUUACUUUUUCUGUUUCUUUGCUAUUUCUGAAUGCUAUGUGCUGACAUCAAUGGCCUAUGAUCGCUAUGUGGCCAUCUGCAACCCACUCUUGUAUAAUGCUGCCAUGUCCCCUAAAGUAUGUUCCAGCCUUAUGGUUGGUUCAUACUUGGUGGCCUUUUCUGGCUCCAUGGCCCACACUGGAUGCAUGCUGAGACUGACCUUCUGUGAUGCCAACACCAUCAACCAUUAUUUGUGUGACAUCCUCCCUCUCCUCCAGCUCUCCUGCACCAGCACGUACGUCAAUGAGCUGGUGGUGUUCAUUGUGGUGGGUAUCAACAUCAUUGUGCCCAGCCUCACCAUCUUUGUCUCCUACGGUUUCAUCCUCUCCAGUAUCUUCUGCAUGAGCUCCACUGAGGGCAGAUCCAAAGCCUUCAGCACCUGCAGCUCCCACAUCAUUGCUGUUUCUUUGUUCUUUGGAUCAUGUGCAUUUAUGUAUCUCCAACCUUCUUCUGCUGGGUCUAUGGAUGAGGGAAAAAUCUCUUCUGUCUUUUAUGCCAAUGUGGUCCCCAUGAUGAACCCCUUAAUCUACAGUUUGAGGAACAAGGAUGUUAAACGUGCUCUGCGCAAAACCCUGAGUAGAAUGAUAUUUUGA